AUGUCCAUCCUCGACGGUGACGGCGACGGCUGCGACCAGCCCAAGGCCCAAAAAGAGGAACCUCAACAAGAAGAAUGGCCCUACCUCGACGUCCACCGCCAUCUCCGCUACUGGAAGAUGUGCAUCCGCGCACCCUUACCUCACGUCUACUUAUCCAACGAAUCCAACCGGCUGGCCCUGGCUUACUUCAUUGUCAACUCCAUCACCCUCCUAACUCCGCCUCCUUCGGAACGAACUGCAGAAACGCCAGAACCGCUGAUUAGCCGUGAGGACAAGAAGCUUAUGAGGAAAUGGGUUCUUCACCACCAACAUCCCACGGGAGGUUUCUGUGGCACUUCAUCGCUUGUCUUCCCGCUUAAGGACUAUGACACGUUCAACUUUGAGACGAAAACUUCUGAUGAGCCUGAACAUGCCGGUCUGGCCAACAUUAGCUCUACGCUGUUCGGACUGCAACUGCUCGCGCUGCUGGCGGAUGAGGAGGACGAGGCGGCGGCGGAGAAGGUGUUUGAGGGCGUGAACCGCACGGGGACGCUGCGCUGGCUGAAGAGUCUCCAGCGCGAGGAUGGAAGUUUCGGAGAGGCACUUAGUGAUCUGCCGGGUCACGGGAGGUUUAUCGCUGGUGGGUAUGAUAUGCGGUAUUGCUACAUUGCUACGGCCAUUAGGUGGAUUUUAAGAGGGGAUGUGAAGGAGGGGGAACCGGGGUGGGUGGAGGAUUUUGAUACCGAAAAGUUGGCAAAACAUACGACCGAGGAUUCGCCGGUAACUCCCAAGACGAAGCCCACGCAGGCUACGCCUACUGCGCCAUCGCAGCUCUCACCCUUCUCGACCGUCCUCUCACUUCCACCUCUACUUCCACCUCAUCCACCCCCUUCCCCUUCCCCUUCCCCUUCUCCUUCUGCACCCCAAAAACCCUCCCUCCUGCACUCCUCAAUCCGCGACCUCCCCGGCCUAAUCCACUGGCUCUCCUCCCGCCCCUUUGUCUACCUCGAACCACCUCCUCCCCCUUCAGACAGCGACAGCUACAUCUACCAAGAAGACGACCUUGACGACCCCAAUUUUUUGCUGCCACCCACCCCAUCCGACCUCCUCUGCUUGCUCUCCGAGACCACAACCAAGGACGGUCAACCAAAACAAGCCCACGUAGCCUUCAACGGCCGCACCAACAAAGUCGCCGACACCUGCUACUUCUGGUGGGUAGGCGGCGCGCUAGCCAACCUCGGCCACCUCGAUAGUUUAGUUGAUAAGGAACCCGCCAGAAGGUUUCUGCUGGAGAAGAUGCAGCACCGGAUCGGCGGGUUCGGGAAAAGCCCCGGGAGUCCCCCGGAUUUGUAUCAUAGCUUUUUUGGCUUGGCGGUUCUGGGACUGUUGGGGGAUGAGAGGGAACGGGGGAAGGUUAGGGAGUUUGAUGCCGGGUUGGCGGUGCCGAGGGCAACGGUGGGGGUUAUUGAGAUGGCUAGGGGGAGGUUGGUCGAGUUGGAAAGGGAAGGUGGGAGGGGUGGGAAGGGGGAAAAGCAGUUGGAUGCGGUUGAGUUGGGAUUGGAACUGAGGGGUGGUGAGCGGGAGAGACCGAAGUGGCUUGGGGAGUGUGGGUAUUGA